GGUGCAGCGAAUGCUGCUUUCGCUGCACCUGACAAUUUAUUUUGGAUUUAGUGGGCUGGUAGAUAUUUAUUUGAAAUGUAUAAUAUUAUACAUGGAAUGAAUAAUUUUAAACAUAUUGAGUUUAUAAAUAAAAUAUAAAAUAUGUUUAGUGUUAUUCAAAUGAAAAAAAAAAUACUAUAUUAUCAAUACAAGUCUAAAAAUAGAUGGGUAAUAUUGGAGAAAUUCGACGUACACACUAGAUUACAAAAACAGACACAACAAUAAUAACAAUAGCGCAUUAACCAUCCAACCAGUGUAGCGGCCAGCGAUACGAAAACGCAAUGAAUGUCCAUAAUGACCAUAAUUAGUUAUAAACUUAUAAUCAGAUCACAUAUUCACAUAAUCUAAUUGACUGUUAUAUUAAAUUUGUAAUUUAAUAACGAUAUUUCGCUGUUACUGCAGUCUGCAGUCUUAUUUCAAAUUGGACCUCGUCUUAGUGUUCUGUUACUUGUUACUUAGUUAUUUUAAUUUUUCAUAUCAUGUCGAGUAAACGACUCGGUGGUCAGGAAAAAGUUCGUGCAAAAAAAAAACUGUUACUGUUGAAGACUAGUGAAAAGUGCCACAAGAUAAAUGAUUUUUUUUCAAAUAAAAAAAAAACAGAAAUAAAAGAAUUAAUAGCAGAUGAUCAAAAUACAAAAGUUUUGUCGCAUGAAGGCUGUACACCAUCAAACGUUUUAUUUAAUACACAAACUAGUGAUUAUGAAGACAAUGAUUUACUUCCAUCGUCAGAGUUAGAGUUAGAGUUAAACAGUUCUGAAUGUAUAGAUGCAGCUGAAAGUAUUGAAUCAUGUUCUUUAUCAUUGAUAAAGAAUAAGAUAUUGAUACAUGUAGAUGAUCCAAUAAACCCUCUUUCAUCUAAUCGACUUGAAUUUAAUGAACGUAUAGGCAAAGGUCCUUAUCGUCCAAUUUUAGAAAUAUUUCCAAGGCAAAAACAAGGUAGUUGUAUGCGUUCAUUUCAGAAAUCAUGGUAUGAUUUAUAUGAUUGGCUUGAAUAUAGUCCAGCAGCUGAUGCUGCAUUUUGUUUUCCAUGCCGCUGUUUCAGUGGAAAUGAAAACAAUUCUUCGCAAUUGGAAUUAACUUUUUCCACAACUGGUUUUAAAGGCUGGUACCGAGCACUUCAUAUGUUUAAGAGACAUAAUUUAUCUAAAGCACAUAUUAAUAGUACAAAAUCUCUGGUUCAUUUUAAAAAUUCUAAGUCAAUUGAUGAAAUAAUUGAUAUCAAUAAAACAGUAUGUCUUAAAACAAGGGAGGCUGAACGUUUGAAAAACAGAAAAUUAAUGGAAAGAUUAGUUGAUAUAACUAUUUGUCUUGCCAAAGGUGGGCGGCCAUUCCGUGGUCAUGAUGAAAGUAUUAAUAGUCAUCAAAAAGGUUUAUUCAGAGAGUUUAUCCAAGUAUUAAGUAAAUAUGAUGUUGUUUUAAAAGAUCACAUUGAUUUUGGACCAAAAAACGCUCAAUACACUAGUAACAGGAUUCAAAACGAUAUUAUUUUUUCAAUUCAUAAUGUUCUUAAAAAAAAAAUUUAUAACUCAUUAAAUCAAUCAUAUAUUUCAAUAAUUGCUGAUGAAACAUCUGAUGUUGGACAUCACGAGCAAUUAUCAAUUGUAAUAAGACAUUUUAAUUCUAUGACUAAUCGACCUGUUGAAACAUUUUUGGUACUAAAACGUAUGAUAUCAGUUAAUGCAGAUUCUAUUUUUCAAGCAAUAACUGAUGUUCUCAAAGAUCAAAUAAAAUUAGAAUGGAGUUCAGUUGUUUCUGUGUGUUUUGAUGGGGCGGCAACAAUGGCUGGUAGUAUUUCUGGUGUUCAGGCAAAAUGUAAGGAAGAAAAUAGUAAAAUUUUGUAUGUACACUGUUAUGCGCAUUGCUUAAAUUUAUCUCUAAUUGACUCUAUUUGUGACAAAUCUAGCAAUAAAAAUCCUAACCAAAAUCGAGUUUUAUUUGAUUUUCUUGGAACCGUUCAAUUUGUUUACUCUUUUAUUGAAGGGAGUCCCAUGCGUCAUGCUAUAUUUGAAAAAAUAGCUAAAGAAAAUGGUGCUCACGUGCAAACAUUAAAAUCUUGUUCCGUUACCAGAUGGGCUUGCCGUGCAGAAGCCGUAAAUGCAAUAAAAAAUAAUUAUGGUGCAAUACUUCAAGCAUUAAAAACAAUCAAUUUAAAUUGUUCAAUUCCUGAAAUGCGGGCAAAAGGCCAAGGUCUUUUACAUCAACUUCAAACUUUUAAUUUCAUAUUUUGUCUAAAUAUGAUGCAAGUUAUCUUACAGCUAGUUUUGAAAGUAAGUUCUGCCUUACAAACACCAAAUUUAGAAUUGUUAACUGCAGUUAUGAUAAUUAAAACACUCAAGCAGUCAUUGAUUUCAUUACGGAAUGACUCUCAACAUUUUAAAUCAAUGUUUGAAAAUACAAAAAAAAUGUGCUAUGAAAUGGAUAUUGAAAUACCUGAAGUAAAAACAAGAAAAAUUUCUAAAAAACUAGAAGAUAAAUCUGAAACACAACAUAUAUUUAAAAAUAAAUAUGAUGAAAUGAGAAUUUUGGUAUUUUAUUCAAAUUUGGAUGUACUUCUUAAUGGAUUAGAAGAAAGAUUCAAACAAGAUACAUUGGAUGUAAUCAAUGCUAUUGGUCUAUUAGUCAACCUAGAUGAUGAAAGUGAAACUUCAACAUAUAAAAUAUUAUACACAUAUUUUUCAAUUUCUGCUGAUGAUUUAUGUUGUGAAGUUAAUCUUUUGAGAUCUACUGAAGAUACACCAAAAGGUACCAACUCAGGUUCUGUACACAAAUGGCUCGAUUGGUUAAAACAGUAUGGUAGACAUGACAUUUUUAAAAAUUUUUUUCACUGUCUUAAAAUGUUUGUGACAAUUCCAGUGACUAGUUGUAGCUGUGAACGUAGUUUUACAAAACUCAGCAUUGUAAAAAACAAAUUGAGAAAUACUAUGUCACAAGAAAGAUUGGAUGCACUUCUAUUUUUGUUUGUAGAACAAGAACUUUUAACUGGUAUUGACUUAAAUGAUGUAAUUGAUGAAUUUAAACAUUUGCUUCCUAGUAAUCGCAGACUUAUAUUGUAAAUUGUUAAAUAUAUUUAUAAAAGUAUAGAAUAAUAUAUUAAAUUACAUAAAAAUAUUAUUAAUAUUAUUUUUUAUUUACAAUUUAUUAUAUUUAUUAUUAUCAUAAUAGGCAUUGUCAUAGAGUGAUGAAUUUAUAUGGAUGGUGGGAGGGUAUACCUUAUAAUGAUUCAGGUACACAAGUGAUAAUAAUAUGAACGUAUUAAGUAUUACAUUUUUACACUAUGGGGCUAACAGAAUUCAGGGGGGGAUAUAUUAAGGAAAUAAGUGGGCUGCUUAUUGUUCAUUAGGGCCGGUUAAAAUGUAUGCUGCACCCGAUACAAAACCCUGCGCACGCCUAUGC